AUGGCUUCCAAGGGUGCUCUUAUCUUGUGUCUCAACAUCAUCCUUUUCACUGUGGUUAGCUCCACAUAUGUGCCAUGCAACCCACCCCCCAAAGUUCCCAAACACCCACCUGUCCCAAAGCCACCUUCCACAAAGUAUGGUAGUUGCCCUGAGAACACUCUGAAGUUUGGUGUGUGCGCUAAUGUGUUAGGUUUGAUCGGUGUGGAACUUGGGAAGCCACCAAAGACCCCAUGCUGCCAACUCAUUGAGGGUCUGGCUGAUCUUGAAGCUGCUGUGUGCCUUUGCACUGCUCUCAAAGCUAAUGUGUUGGGCAUCAACCUCAAUGUUCCCGUCAAGUUGAACUUGCUACUCAACUACUGUGGAAAGAAAAUUCCUAAGGAUUUCGUCUGCUACUAA